AUGCGGCUAAGGUUUUGUAGCUGGUGGGAUGCUCGGCCGAGGAAAUGCCGGGGCUUGUCGAGGUUGUUGAAAAUGCAGGACGGGACACGACGAACAAGAAGAAAUUGUAAGGAGAUGCCUAGUGAUUCUCACCGGAAAAUUAUGGACGAGGAGAUGAGGAGAGACCUGGAAGCACAGCCACAGGAACAUGGGGUCUCCGGUGAAGGGUAUGUGGGAACGAUCCCCUUUCAGAUUUUGAGUUGGAGACCUCGUGCAUUGUACUUCCCAUAUUUUGCUUCUGCUCUACAAUGUCAAAGUAUUAUCAAUAUGACAAAGUUCCGACUCAAACCGUCAAAGGUAGCUCUCAGUCCGGGAUACACUUACGAAAAUACCAAACGUAUUAGGACAAGUUCCGGUAUGUUUAUUAGUGCAUAUGAAGACAAAACUAGAAUCCUCGAUCAGAUUGAAGAAAAGAUUGCUAGAGCUACAAUGAUACCUAGAACUCAUGGAGAGGCCUUCAAUGUCCUACGAUACGAGAUUGGACAACUCUAUGAAUUGCAUCAUGAUAGUUUCGACCCCAAUAUUUUUGGUUCGCAGAAAAGCCAACGGGUUGCUUCUUUCCUAUUAUAUCUAUCCGAUGUCGAAGAAGGAGGUGAAACUGUAUUCCCUUUCGAGAAUGGGAAUAUAAAUCCUAAAUAUGACUUUCGCCAAUGCACCGGUCUGAAAGUAAAGCCGCGCCGGGGAGACGGGCUCUUGUUCUACUCGCUCUUCCCGAACGGCACACUUGAUCCUACAUCUCUUCAUGGAAGCUGUCCGGUGAUCAGAGGUCAAAAAUGGGUUGCCACAAAAUGGAUUGGUGUUAAUGUUCAGGACGACGACAGUCGUUAGCAACUAUGAUAUAUGGUAUUUAUUUAUUUUUUAUUUUUUUGCAAAGAACUGUAUUUUAAGUUUUGGAAUAGAGAAAUGUUUUGAUACAAGAUUAUGAUGUUCGAAUAGUUAGCUGCUGAAU